AUGGAACUGCGCCAUGUGAACUUCACCGUUGACCAGAUCCGUGCCAUCAUGGACAAAAAGUCCAACAUUCGGAACAUGUCUGUAAUUGCGCACGUGGACCAUGGGAAAUCCACUCUGACCGACUCACUGGUGUCCAUGGCCGGUAUCAUCGCCUCGGCCCGUGCUGGAGAGACCCGCUUCACCGACACGAGAAAGGAUGAGCAGGAACGUUGCAUCACCAUCAAGUCAACUGCCAUCUCUAUGUACUACGAGCUCAGCGAAAACGACUUGGCCUUCAUCAAGCAGUGCAAAAAUGGCUCUGGCUUCCUGAUCAACCUGAUCGAUUCUCCCGGGCACGUCGACUUCUCCUCCGAGGUCACAGCCGCUCUCCGUGUGACUGAUGGCGCCCUGGUUGUGGUGGACUGCGUAUCCGGUGUGUGUGUCCAGACUGAGACCGUGCUCAGGCAGGCCAUUGCUGAGAGGAUCAAGCCUGUGCUGAUGAUGAACAAAAUGGACCGUGCCUUGCUUGAGUUGCAGCUCGACUGUGAGGACCUGUACACAACAUUCCAGCGUAUCGUGGAGACUGUCAAUGCCAUCAUUGUCACCUAUAGCGAGAAAGAUGGACCAAUGGGAGAUAUCCAGAUUGACCCGGUGAUCGGUACUGUCGGUUUUGGAUCUGGGCUCCACGGCUGGGCCUUCACCCUGAAGCAGUUUGCUGAGAGUUACGUGGCCAAGUUUGCUGCCAAGGGUGAUUGUCAGCUUACCCCACAGGAGCGUUGCAAGAAGGUGGAGGACAUGAUGAAGAAGCUCUGGGGUGACAGGUGGUAUGACCCAGUUACUGGCAAGUUCUCCAAGACUGACAAAGCACCAGAUGGCAGGACUCUUCCACGCACCUUUAGCCAGUUCGUCCUUGACCCCAUCUUCAAGAUGUUCGAUGCCAUCAUGAACUUCAAGAAGGAGGAGACCGCCAAGAUUAUCGAGAAACUUAACAUCAAGCUGGACAGUGAGGACAAGGAGAAGGAGGGCAAGGCCCUGCUGAAGGCUGUGAUGCGUCGCUGGCUGCCAGCUGGGGAGGCGCUGCUCCAGAUGAUCACCAUCCACCUGCCCUCUCCUGUCACAGCCCAGAAGUACCGCUGUGAGCUGCUCUAUGAAGGACCAGGAGAUGACGAGGCAGCCAUGGCAAUCAAGGAAUGCAACGCCAAAGGCCCCCUUAUGAUGUACAUUUCCAAGAUGGUGCCCACCUCUGACAAGGGUCGGUUCUACGCUUUUGGUCGUGUCUUCUCUGGCACUGUGGCCACUGGCCAGAAGGUGCGCAUCAUGGGACCAAAGUUCUGCCACGGAAAGAAAGAGGACCUUUUCCAGAAGCAAAUUCAGAGGACCAUCCUGAUGAUGGGACGCUACGUCGAGCCCAUCGACGACGUGCCAUGCGGUAACAUUGUCGGUUUGGUUGGCGUGGACCAGUUUUUGGUCAAGACCGGGACCAUUACCACUUUCGAAAACGCCCACAACAUGAGGGUGAUGAAAUUCAGCGUGAGCCCUGUCGUGCGAGUGGCCGUCGAGGCAAAGAACCCUGCCGACCUGCCCAAGCUGGUGGAGGGCCUGAAGCGUCUGGCCAAGUCCGACCCCAUGGUGCAGUGCAUCAUCGCGGAGUCCGGCGAGCACAUCAUUGCUGGAGCCGGAGAGCUGCAUCUGGAGAUUUGCUUGAAGGAUCUGGAGGAGGAUCAUGCCUGCAUUCCAAUCAAGAAAUCUGACCCAGUUGUGUCCUACAGAGAGACUGUGAGUGAGGAGUCUAGCGUCAUGUGCCUGUCCAAGUCCCCCAACAAGCACAACCGACUAUAUAUGAAGGCCCGUCCCUUCGACGACGGUUUGGCCGAGGACAUUGACAAGGGUGAGGUCACCGCCAGGCAGGAACUGAAGGCCCGCGCUCGCUACUUGGCCGAAACGUACGAGUGGGACGUCGCCGAGGCCCGUAAGAUCUGGUGCUUUGGCCCUGACGGAACCGGGCCAAACAUGGUUGUAGACGUAACCAAGGGAGUGCAGUACCUCAAUGAGAUCAAGGACAACGUGGUGGCUGGGUUCGAGUGGGCAUCCAAGGAGGGAGUGCUGUGCGAGGAGAACCUGCGUGCCGUUCGUUUUGACCUUCACGACGUGACCCUGCACGCUGACGCUAUCCACCGUGGUGGUGGCCAGAUCAUCCCCACUGCCCGUAGAGUGCUGUACGCCGCCCAGCUGACAGCCAAGCCCAGGCUCAUGGAGCCCAUCUACCUGGUGGAGAUUCAGUGUCCUAAGCAUGUGAUCGGCGGCAUCUACAGUGUGCUAAAUCAGAAACGUGGGCACGUGUUUGAGGAGUCCAAUGUUGUGGGAACACCCUUGUUCAUCGUCAAGGCGUACCUGCCUGUCAACGAGUCUUUCAACUUCACAGCGAGUCUGCGCGCCAGCACCAGUGGCCAGGCUUUCCCUCAGUGCGUGUUCGACCACUGGCAGAUUCUGCCUGGAGAUCCCUUCGACUCAACCUCCAAGGCCGCACAGGUUGUCGCAGAGUCGCGUAAACGCAAGGGUCUCAACCUGGCCGUGCCUGCAUUGGAAAACUACCUGGACAAAUUGUAAUAAUAAUAAUAUUAAAUGCGUUUUAUAUAGCGCUUUUCUUGAUACUCAAAGUCGCUUUACAGAUGAGAAAACAUGUAGACAAUACAGACAUACAGGGGGGAAACAACAGAACUGUGAGAGACAACAUAGGACAACAACAACAACAAUGGAUGUGGGAGGAGGGCAGCGGUGUUGGUUGGGGGAACUGGGUAAGCAGGCCUAGGUGUUGUAGGUGGUCUGGAAAAGAUGGGUCUGGAGUUUGAAAGAGGACAGUGAGUCAGACUCACGGAUGGCCUGAGGAAGGGAGUUCCAGAGGGUUUGUAGAAGAACUGCCUCCCGU